AGCAGCAGUGGCCAGAUUGCUUUGAUGGGAAACCUUAAAAUGCAGCGUGGACAAAAGCGAGCCAACUAGUUGAACUUCUUGGUGAUGACCAGUUCGCAGGUACCGUUUGGCGACGUCCUGCACUAGACAGCAGAACAGAUAUUUGAUAACAAGGAACGUGUUCUCCUGGGGGCCACCCCUUCGCUCCCCUCCACUUGACGCGCAGUCGACGAGCGACUUGACCAAAAUGCUGGUUCGCCUCUCAACGUUGGCGCUCGCCGCCGGCAUCCUUUCGACGCCUUCGCUGGUGACGUGUCUGUCAGCGUCUGACAUACCCCCCGACACCCCCGUUUCGAGGCUUCUGGCGUCGGCGCAGGCUCAUCUCUCGAAGGGCGAAACCGGCGAUGCACUCGUGUACUACGAUGCCGCCGUUGCAAGGGAUCCCAACAACUACCUCACCUUCUUCAAGCGCGCUACUACCUACCUCUCAUUGGGGCGCACAUCGCAAGCCACCGACGAUUUUCAGAAGGUGCUAUCGCUCAAGCCCGGGUUCGAGGGCGCCCACGUGCAACUAGGCAAGCUGAAGGCUCGUAUGGGCGAUUGGGAUGCGGCAAAGGAGCAUUACCGGAAAGCGAAGAGAAAUGAGGAGAUUGCAAGCUUGGAGGAAGCCAAAGGCGCAGCCGCGCUCGCCGAGGCAGCCGCCAAGUCGGAGAACUGGGAGGAGUGCAUCAAGCAGGCCGACGAUGCCAUAUUGACGGCGAGUCGCGCAUUGGCGCUCCGGGAACUUCGCGCAAGGUGUGCGUUCGAGGGAGGUGCAAUGGAGAGAGGCAUCGGCGACCUUCAGCACGUGUUGCAGAUGAAGCCAGGCGACACAGCGCCCCACGUCAAGAUUUCUGCCAUUCAAUUUUUUGGGCUGGGAGAACUGCAAGAGGGAAUGGCUUCCAUUCGGAAGUGCCUGCAUUCUGACCCGGAUUCCAAGGAAUGCAAGAGGUUGUUGAACGCCGAGAAGAAGAUGGAGAAGGUGUUCCAAAAAGUCACCAAGGCGCUAGGGAAGAAUCAAUACAUGACGGCGGUACGACAGCUUGUACCGUCAGGGGAGGGUGAAGGGUUGAUCAAGGAGGUUAAGGACCAGAUGCGCGUACUGAGGGAGGACGGCAUAAUUCCCAAGGCGGCAGGCAACGUCCUCAUCGCUAGGCUAGUGGAGAUGGCUUGCCAGGCAUACUACGAGUCAAAUAGCAAGAAGGCCAAGGAAUACUGCGAUGAGUCCCUUAAAUACGACGAGAACGCUCUCUAUGGUCUGCUCUACCGCGCCAAACAUCUCAUGGAUGCCGAAGAAUUUGAAGAGAGCAUCAAUACGCUCCGCAAGGCGGCCGAAGCCCACCCGGGCAAGGACGACGUAAUCAACCCGCUUAUGCAGAAGGCUCAGGUUUCGCUCAAGCGCAGCAAGAACAAGGACUACUACAAGGUUCUGGGCGUGGCACAUGACGCAGACGAGCGCCAGAUCAAGUCGGCCUACCGCAAACUGUCCAAGCUGCACCACCCCGACAAGGCGGUCAAGCAGGGACUCACAAAGGAGGAAGCCGAGAAGAAGAUGGCAGCCAUCAACGAGGCGUACGAGGUGCUUAGCAACCCGGAGCUGCGCGCCCGCUUCGACCGCGGCGACGAUCCAAACUCGCACGAGCAGCAGCAGUACCACGGCCACCCGUUUGGCGGCGGCCAUCCGUUCAUGUUCCAGCAGGGCGGUCCACAGUUCCAGUUCAACUUCAGGGGUUCCGGCUUCCCAUUUGGGUUUUAGCUCAAACCCUGCUGUCUUAGAUCACGUUUCGGAGCAAGCAAAAGAGCGACUUAAGGGUCGAGUUGCGUUUAGGGAUCGGAGACCAGGAGAGAGUUUGUGUUGUGUUUUUGCAAAGGAAAGGCUUGUUCCAUAUCGUCAGGGUGGGCCAGGAAUGGCCGACUAUUCUAUUGCCGUUGACUUUUCUGCCAUUUGGACAAACAAUCCGUACUCUAAACCCUACGGGUGAUUGCCCCCUCCAGUGCUUCUCCAGUGUUCGUCAGAUGAUCAGCUCCCUGUUGGGUCCUUGGCUGCGGAUAUCGUGCAGACGAGGAACAUUCACCAAGUUGUUCUCGCUCUCUGGACAUGCUUUGCGUCUCCGUCGUCCAAUGUAACCGUUGGUUUAGAGCUCCGUAGGUCUACCGCCAUAAAUGGCUGAGUUCCGAGGAGUAAUCCGACUCGCUCGUCCUUCUUAUGCUAACGAUUGACGAACGCUUCUUUCCGGAAAGGAACGGGUGCUAGAACCACGUGCCAGGUUCCUAGGGGAGGAAGAGAGAGGAGCAGUUGAGCAUAUAGCGGACGGGAGAAGGUUAUGAGCAUCUCGCUGCGGGUAGGUGGCUAGCUCAUGUCCAUGGCUGAUAGCCAGCAAGAACGCCCCGUUUCAAUACUCCAUCGACGGGGCGAAAGAUAACAGUAGAUUAUUUAUGUACACGGUGCUCUGAUGCAGCACACGAGGCCCUGCGUUUCCCGCCGACCGGGCCCUCGAACGCUCGCUCGGAGCGGCAUCGUCGCUCUCUCAAAAUCCCACCGAAGCGACGAGGAUUCUAUGCCGUACCAAUUGUGAAAAUGAUCAACCUAUCCUGGCUGUAGAAUCAUCGAG